AUGAUUGCUACUAUAAACGGAGACACGGAGGUCAAUGGAAAGGGCCAUCCUAUUGAUGUCCGGAUUCCGGAUAUGUUUGGCUCGAUAAUGUCUGCUACACCUAUGGUGAACACUCGUCACUUCAAGGUCAAAGCCGCAGCCGAUGCCUUUAUCGAUGACUAUCUCAAGAUGGAGAAACACGAAGCAGACAAUAACCGAAAGGCCGACUUCUGUUUCUGCGCCUCUGCCCUGGCUCCAAAUGCAGAUGCAGAGGCACUCAUGCAUAGAUCUCCUACUUUGAUGACGACUUCGACGAGGGUUUUGGAUCCAUCAUACUUGGAGCCCAUUGCUGCUUAG